AUGGCGGAGUCCUACGUGAAGCCGGGGAACCAGGAGCGCGGCUGGAACGACCCCCCCCAGUUCUCGUACGGGCUGCAGGCGCAAGCCGGGGGCUCCCGCCGGACCCCGCUCACCCGCCGGGUCCCGGCGGAGCUCCAGGGGCCGCUCCCCGCCGGGAUCCGCGGGGAACUGCGGCAGCCGCGGUGCUGGGGGCGGCGGAGCCGGGGCUCUGGGUCGCCGUUCUGCGGGGCCCGGUGUGCCUCCCCGGGCCCGCCCAGCGCCCCCGCCGACCCCGCAGCGCCGCCCCCCCGGGCGCUGGGGCCGCCCCCGCAGGGUUCCGUCGGCGCUGCCCCGCGGGCCGAGGCCCGGCCGAGCGCGGCUCCGUGCCCGGAGCAGGAGGAGUGCAGCGUGUCCGCCGACACCGUCCUCGCCCCGCUGCGGGCAGCCCUGGACUCCUGCCGGGCCACGGUGCAGAAACAAGUGUGCAAUGACAUCGGGCGGCGGCUGACAGUGCUGGAGGACGCUUGGGCUCAGGGGAAGCUGUCGGCACCAGUGAGGAAGAGGAUGAGCCUUCUGGUGCAAGAGCUUCAGCAGCAGCACUGGGAUGCAGCUGAUGAGAUCCACCGCUCGCUUAUGGUGGACCACGUGAAUGAGGUGAGCCAGUGGAUGGUGGGCGUGAAGCGCCUCAUCGCCGAGACGCGGGACCUGCCCACCGGAGAGACGGACGGCAGCGCUGACACCGAGCCCGCGACUGAGCCCGAGACUGAGCCUGCAGCCGAGCCCGAGCAGGAGGAGCCCUGACACCAAGGACGGGGCUGUGGACUGUGAGCGGGGCAGCCCCUGCCCAGGGCCACCGGCACGAACAGAGCCCCUGCUGCUGGAGGGAGUCUGGGCACCCCCUCUGCCUCCCAAUCCUCAUCCAGGAAAAGGGGAUUUUAAUCAUUGCGACAUUUUAGUGGCGAUUCAUUAUGUUUAAUAAACAGCACCAACCUGCCCCCUCC